AUGUCAGCAGCAAAGCAACGUCUUCAAGCUCUUAGCAAACAGCUGGUAGAGGGAAUCCCCUCUGAAGGCACCUUUGAGGACAUCCCUAAGAUCCGACAUGUAGCCGGGGACUCUGCAGGACCUCGAACAAAGGACAAGGUGGUGAUUAUCACCGGUGCCAACUCUCCCAAUGGAAUUGGCCGUGCUACUGCACACCAAUAUGCCAACAAUGGCGCAAAAGCAGUGUACAUUUGUGACUUCGCCAGCAACCACCUAGAAACCCACAAGCGGGAGAUGAAAUCCCUCUAUCCCAAUGUGGAUGUUCACGUCCGCUCCUUCGACGCAGCAGACGAAAAGGCCGUCAUCGCCGUGAUCGACGACGCACUCAGUAAAUAUGGCCGACUCGACAUCUUCUUCGCAAAUGCCGGUAUCGUAGGCCAACCCAAGGUAUUCACCGAAGUAGCCGGUGACGAGUUCCUGGAGACGAUGCGCGUCAACGCACUAGGCGUAUUCCUAGCGGCCAAGCACGCGGCCCCAGCAAUGAAGGUCACUUCUGCCUCGAAGCCAUACUCAGGCGGCUCAAUCAUCGGCACCGCCUCUGUGGCAGGAAUUCGCUCCAAUGCCGGGUCAACAGAUUACUCUGCCUCCAAGGCUGCGGUGGUCUCUAUUGCGCAAACGGUUUCAUAUCAGCUUGCUGGAACGGGGAUUCGAAUCAAUGCGAUUUGCCCUGGUCUCAUUGAGACAGGGAUGACGCAGACGGUGUUCGAUCGCGCGCGUGAGCGCGGCACAGAGCGUAAGGUCGGACAGUUGAAUCCGUUGCAGAGGGGCGCUGUUGCUGAUGAGGUGGCGCGUGUUGCGUUGUUCCUUGGAAGUGAUGAGAGUAGCUAUGUCAAUGGACAGGCUUGGGCUGUCUGUGGUGGAUUGAGUGCUGGACACCCAUUCGUGCCGGGGAAGCUUGCCUAG